AGCGACAGUCAGUCAGACACCUCGGUAGCUUGUAGACAAAAUAGACGAACCAAUAAAGCUCUUUAGACGCGUUCGUGUAUAUUAGCCACUGUGUUUUAAACCCACUUCUGUCGUCUAGUUAGUUAUCCCAUUUAAUUUAACAUUUUUACGUUGUUAUUAGUUAACUAGCUGUCUGGUUAAGUUAGCAUUAGCCUAGCUAACAUCACCGACCAUGAGUUCACUAAACUACUCUCGUCUUGCUAAAGACUGGACGGAGGAAGGAGCUUCUCCUCCAGCGACAGAAGAGGAGGUCUGCUGGACGGAGGAAGAAGCUCUCGUUAAAGAGGAAAAAGAAGAGGAGGCUGUUACAAUACAAAAACAAGUAGAGGAUGAGGCUGUUACAGUGAAAGAAGAAGAAAAAGACGUUUCAGUGAAAGAAGAGGAAGACGCGUUCAGAGUGAAAGAGGAGGAGGAUGUUACAGUAAAAGGAGAGGAAGGUGCCGUUUUUGGAGUGAAAUUGGAGGAGGAGGAGAUGACUGUCACAUCGAAAAAGGAGGAAGAGGAGGAAACUGGAUAUCAGGGCCCGGUUCCCCAAAGCCAUCUUAAGGCAUCCAGUAUUGAUGAUGAAGUUAGCCGUGAGAUGCUUUUGAGAAACCGGGCCCUGAUUAACACUAGAGAGAGACUUGACUAUCGUGGAUCCUCUGGGGAGCCUCAACAACAUCAUGAAGCUGACGAGGCAGAGAAGAGUCUCUCCACAUCAGAACACCUCAAGAAACACCAACGAAAACCCACAGGAAAAAAAUCUCACCACUGCUCUGACUGUGGGAAGAGUUAUUCAAGAUUAGAUUCACUAAAAGUACACCAGAGAAUUCACACAGGCGAUACAGCUCACUGCUCUGACUGUGGGAAGAGAUUCACCUCUUCAGCAGACCUAAAAAGACAUGAGAGAAUCCAUACAGGAGAGAAACCUUAUAGCUGUGAUCAAUGUGGGAAGAGAUUUACGCACUCAAGCUGCCUGAAGGUACAUCAGAGAACACACACAGGAGAGAAACCUUAUAGCUGUGAUCAAUGUGAGAAGAGAUUUGUCACAUCUAGCCGUCUGACUAUACACCAGAGAACACACACAGGAGAAAAACCUUAUAGCUGUGAGCAAUGUGGAAAAGUUUUAAUGUUCGAAGCGGCCUGA